CUACUUGAGAUGGCUUGCAAUGCCUAAGAACCCAUGACAAACAUGGGGGAGCGGCUGGCAGAAUCUCGGCUUGUAGAGGAUACAGUCCCGCCUGGCCAUCAAAGCGUAUGGGGAUCUUGGUAUGAUGUGGGCACCAAUUCCUGGGGCUUUGCAUGCUGCAAGACUACCAGCCCAAAGGCCCCGCCCUGUUGUCGCAUUGAGUCAGACGCUGAGGCUGGAGGAUCGAGGCCCAGCCGCGGGUCAGAUGUCGAGGUCCACAUGGAAAGCUACACGGCGUGGCGCUCUCGCCAGGACUUUGAGACAUCAGAAGGCUUCAUUGUUCACGCAACCAAGCACUUGGCAAGCCAGUGGCUUCAGUGGCUGCGCGACGGGUCACUGACCAAGCAAGCGCAUCUUCUUGAGCCCGACGCUCGAAAAGUUCUUCUGUCCGAGCAAGCAGCCAGAGGAGCUGUCGAGCAAGUGCGCCAAUUCUGUCAACGGUUGGGCAACCGGGGGCCAUCAGAGCUCACAAAGCCAUUGGAGGAGUUCUGCAGCUGCAUUGGGGCUCGAGAGUAUGCGAAGGCCAGCAAGGCCUACAUGGACAUAGUGAUGGGAGCCAGAAAGUGGCAAGGUGAUGUGCCCUAUUUGGUAGAGGCAGCGCUCCUUUCCCACAGUUGGAAGUAUCUUGUUUGUUUGUUUGUUUGUAUUUUGUUUGUUUGUUUGUUUGUUUGUUUGUUUGUUUGUUUGUUGUUGUUGCUGUUGUUUUUUUGAGGGGGGGUGCGGCAGGGCAACCGCAAUGGCCCCUCAGUGGUGCAGAAUGUGGCAGAGAGGCUCAACAAGCAAAAUUCGGUUUUUUGGCCGAACUAGUGAAGGACAGACCAGUCACAAUAUUUGUUGUUUGCCAAGAAUCCGCUGGACGAAGCUGGAAUCCGUGAUCACGCCGUGCUGCUGCGACGCCUUUUAAAGGUUUGCCAGGCGCGGCCUGUUGCUUGACCCAGUUGAUGUGUUCCACCCGCCCGUCCAAAAAUGCUACUGCGGACGGAUGACAUCCUGCACCUUUGGGCCAUUGUUGAGCAUGUUCUGCCAGGCAGUGCUGCCAAAUGAGGACCCGUCCAAGAACUGUGGAUGACGAAUGAUACGUGUGGC